CUCACCCAAAAACUUGAGCCAAUCUCUCUCUUUCUCUCUUACUCGUCUUGAAUUUAUUCUGGUUCAACGAAAGUGAAAAAAAGAAAGAAAAGAGAGAUCGAAAAUGCAGUACCAGACAGAGUCGUGGGGAUCAUACAAGAUGAACAGCUUAGCAUUCGGCGGUUUGGGGAUGGUGGCUGACACUGGUCUGCUUCGCAUAGAGUCUCUGGCGGCUGAGAGCGCGGUGGUGAUCUUCAGCGUGAGCACGUGCUGCAUGUGCCACGCCGUGAAGGGUCUCUUCCGAGGAAUGGGCGUCAGCCCCGCCGUCCACGAGCUCGACCUCCACCCCUACGGCGGCGACAUCCAGCGAGCCCUCAUUCGUCUUCUCGGCUGCUCCGGCUCCUCUUCUCCAGGGUCUCUUCCGGUCGUCUUCAUCGGCGGCAAACUGGUUGGAGCUAUGGACAGAGUCAUGGCUUCUCACAUCAACGGCUCUCUCGUUCCUCUUCUCAAAGACGCCGGAGCUCUCUGGCUCUGAUCCCUCCCUCUGCUUUCUUUUUCUUUGUUUUUAAAGUUUUUUUCUAAGAGAAUGUGGUGGAGGAAGAUUAGGAAACUAGUCAAUGCUGUAAUGGCAGGUUUUAGGUUAUAGUUUGUAAUUAGAGAGAGAGUUGUUUUAAGCUCACCUUUCUCUGUCUCCCUCGCUCUUCUUCAUCUCUUAAUCUUCUCAAUGCUCUCAUUAAAUCAUAUACACUUUG